UCUUUCAUUUUCUUUUCUUCAAACCAAGAAAAAGAAAACGUAAGUCUUCCAUUUUCUGAGGCUGUGGCCUCCAAGCCGAAAGCCCAAGUUCCCCUGCCCCAUAAUCCCUUCAAUUUCCUUCUUCCUUGGAACAAUUUCAUGUCAUCAUCAUCAACAACAACAGUCCACACCAAUUUCCAUUGCUUUUCUUCCCCCAUUUCCCAUUCUCAAUCCAGCUUCAGCUUCAGCUUCAGGUUCAUUGUUUCCUUAUGAUUUCUCAUCUCUUUUCUUUUCCGUAUCUAAAUGAUUACACACUUCCCAUUUCCGACCUUUGAUUUCUCCAAUUCCUUCUCUCAACAUUGCCCAUGUAACAAUUUCACUGCCUUCGUCCCUUUUUCCAGAAAAUCCAGAAAACCCUUUUCAUCUACUCUUACUUUCCGACGGAGAUGGUUCUUGGUUUGUUCUCUUUCUCCAGAUGGUGUUACUAGCAACUUUGAUUUAGAAUUUGCAACUUCUGCGAGAAGGGGUGUUAGAAAUUUUGUAGUUAAUCGUAUUAGUAAUGAACUGGAAGGGGAAGAAUUCUCCCAGGAGGAGUCUUCUGUGCAAGUGGGGUCCAAUUUUACUGGUUUUCAAGAGGAUCCUAUUGUUGAUAAGUUAAGGACUCAAUUAGGAGCCAUACACCCUAUUCCUUCGCCUCCUAUUAAUCGGAAUAUUGUUGGACUUUUCGUUUUCUUUUUCUUUGUUGGAGUCGCUUUUGACAAGUUAUGGACAUUUAGGAAGAGAAGUAAAUCUAGAAAUAAUGAUGGGCGUCUUGGUACAUGGCCUCAGGUGCCUACUAGUUUCUCUUCGUUUUUGGAGAAGGAUUUACAAAGGAAGGAGUCGGUGGAGUGGGUCAAUAUGGUGUUGGGUAAAUUGUGGAAAGUAUAUAGACCUGGUAUUGAGGAUUGGCUUGUUGGGUUGUUGCAACCUGUUAUUGAUAAUUUGAAGAAACCUGAUUAUGUGGAGAGAGUGGAAAUCAAGCAGUUUUCGUUGGGGGAAGAACCAUUGUCAGUUAGGAAUGUUGAGCGGAGAACGUCCCGUCGAGCCAAUGAUUUGCAGUACCAAAUAGGUCUGCGGUAUACUGGUGGUGCUCGUAUGUUAUUAAUGCUUUCACUAAAAUUUGGCAUCAUCCCCAUUGUUGUUCCAGUUGUUGUCCGAGAUUUUGACAUAGAUGGUGAAUUAUGGGUCAAGUUACGGCUAAUUCCCACUGAACCUUGGGUAGGUGCCGUUUCAUGGGCAUUUGUUUCACUACCGAAGAUCAAAUUUGAGUUGUCACCGUUCCGCUUGUUCAAUUUAAUGGCCAUUCCUGUUCUCUCCAUGUUUUUGACAAAACUUCUCACUGAGGACUUACCUAAAUUAUUUGUGCGUCCGAAGAAGAUAGUUCUAGAUUUCCAGAAAGGAAAAGCAGUUGGACCCGUUCCAGAUGAGGUUAAAUCAGGAGUCAUGCAGGAAGGGAAUAAUGAUUUUGUUGGGGAACUUUCAGUAACCCUUGUAGAUGCUCGGAAGCUUUCUUAUUUGUUUUAUGGAAAAACAGACCCAUACGUCGUUUUAAGCUUGGGCGAUCAGACAAUACGUAGCAAAAAGAACAGCCAAACCACUGUGAUUGGACCGCCUGGUGAGCCAAUCUGGAAUCAGGAUUUUCAUAUGCUUGUUGCAAAUCCUAGGAAACAGAAAUUGUAUAUCCAAGUGAAAGACUCUCUUGGAUUUGCAGAUUUGACCAUUGGUAAUGCAGAGGUUGACCUUGGUUCUCUCCAAGAUACCGUGCCAACAGAUACAAUUGUUGUUUUAAGGGAAGGUUGGGGACUCUUCAGAAACAGGUCUUCUGGAGAAGUACUCGUGAGAUUGACGUACAAAGCAUAUGUUGAGGACGAAGAAGAUGACAAGGCUGCAUCAGAUGCCUUGGAUAUAGAUAUCUCAGAUGAUGACGAGUCGUCUGAUACUGAUGAACCAAAUGGUGUUUAUGAGGAGAGUGAAAACGACGGAGUGAAAGCAACCGGCAAGGAAUCGUUUAUGGAUGUACUAGCCGCUUUGAUAGUGAGCGAAGAAUUUCUGGGAAUAGUGGCAUCUGAUGCAUUAAAUACGAAGCUUCAAAAUGAUCCCACCAUCUCUACUAGCUCAGGGACAACGAAUUCGAGAUCUCGUGAUACAGCUAUAGACAACAAACCCACGGUUUCAAGCAACGGAUCUGGAGGUUUAGCCGAUUCAGCGUUGUUUUGGCUUACUGUGAUCACAAGUAUCUCUGUGCUCAUUGCUAUCAACAUUGGUGGUUCGAGUUUCUUCAAUCCAUGAUUUUAUGAUAAACUCUCGACUACCAUAGGCAUCACAUCAGUUAUUUUGUAUCAUAGAGGAAGCAACCUUUGGCUGGCCUUGAGUUGAGUAUAUCGUUCACCCAUACGUAUUGAAUUGAACAAUGAGAGUUCAGUCAAUUUAACUCUUGUUAGGUUUGUGUAUAAGUCGCUAAUAGAGCAAUAUUCUGUUGGCGGCAUGCCAAUUUUGACUUUGUAUUAUAAGAUUCUUACACGGAAUAAAAAUAUUUUGUACACCAUAUGUUUAUGAAAUGCAUUAGAUUUUGAAUUA